CAGGAGAAACAACGGAUGAGUUAUAUUGAAAGAGUAGGGGAAAAGACGAUUAAAGUCAUUAAACCCGAGAAUAAAAAAAGCAACUACCAUCUUGAGAGGAUAUAUCGUAGUGUUGAAGAGGAGCUAAACGAACCCUUAUUAGGUAUAUAUCACUUAGAGACAUUAGGCGAUAUCAAGGACAAGGCUCGUAUAAUAAAAUGCUUACCACUGUGCCCACAUCAGCUGUUGGGAGGAUCCCCUUUGAGCAGUACGUGCAAGACAUUCAUAAGAAGACAAACACGAUAAUAAAAAGUGGUGUUAACUUGAUAAAAGUCAGGCGGAACGACUCGAUGAAGGACAAAAUCGAGCAUGUGUUAGAGGGAAUGAAGGGAAACGUUCUUGUAGUUGCCAAGGGAGAAGGUAUAGGCAAACUUGUAUCUGUCGUGGAAAUAUCUAUGGGAAAAAAUGCCAAUCAAUCCAUACGACAAUUUAACAAACUUGAAGGAUUCGUGGAAAGGAAAAAGAGUUCUGAAAAUUCCGAGGCGGUGAACGAAACAGCAGACUGUGUACAAGUGCGAACCGUGCCGCUAAUGUGUGUGUUGCUAGUACACGGGAGCGAUGGAGACGAGAUAGAGAGGGAGUUAGAGGAGAGCAAAUGGACAGUUCAACAUAGAUGAAGAGUCGGAACGGAGCAGGAUAAGGAUAAAGAGUGUGAUAUUUGAUAAAAAUAAUAAGUACGGCAAAGGCGGGCAAGGAUAUACUGCAAACAGGUCGAAUGCGAAUUCAUAUUACUGCAAUUCUGUUUCAGGGCAUGGGAGCGAAAGGAUACUUCCUGACCGAACCACCUUCACCAGGGGGGGAAGAGUGUGAGUCUAAAAAUAAUCUUAUAGGUAGUCAGACUAGGGUGUGAACUCUCCACCCAAGCGUGUAAUGUACAAAGCCCACAACUGGAGUCAACCGACUUA